AAGCCUGCUCCACGCAGACAUACAGAGAUGACUUCUGUUCUCCAGCCUCGGGAAUGUAAAGUGACCAAAAAGCCCCAAAAGAGCUAUGGAUUCUACCUGCGCAUUGAGAAAGACACAGCAGGGCAUCUCAUCCGGAACGUGGAAAAGGACAGUCCAGCUGAAAAGGCUGGCUUGAAGGAUGGAGACAGAGUCCUCAGGGUUAACGGUGUGUUUGUAGACAAGGAGGAACACACACAGGUGGUGGAGAUGGUCAAAACCAGCGGGGAUUCUGUUGUAUUUCUUGUUCUGGAUGAUGCAUCCUAUCAAAAGGCAGAAAAGGAAGGAGUGAACUUGGAAGAGCUGGGUCAAAAGGCGUCAAGAGGACAGCAGCAGGGUCAGCAGUCCCCGCCACCCACAGGCAAUGGAGCAAUCACUGCAGCUCCACAACCCCGGCUCUGCUACCUAGUGAAGGAGGAGAAAGGCUAUGGCUUCUCUCUGAAAAGCACAGAAGGACAGAAGGGGUUGUUCAUAGUGGAGCUUUCAUCACAAGGAGCAGCUGUGAAGGCUGGUGUCCAAAAUAACGAUCGCCUGAUUGAAAUCAAUGGAAAAAAUGUGGAAAAUGACACACACGAGGAAAUGGUGGAAAAGGUGAAGAAGUCUGGAAAUCAUGUUAUGUUUCUACUUUCCAACGAAGAAACGGACCGCUAUUACAUGAGCCAGAAGAUGGUACUGAGCAAAGAGAGCGCCAACCUAAGAUUCCUUCCCCUCAAACCACGACUUCUUGAGAUCCAGAAAGGAAAAAACGGAUAUGGCUUUCAUCUACAGAUGGAACAAAACAUGGGUGGUCAUAUAAUCAGGGAUGUUGAUUCUGGGAGCCCAGCAGCCAAGGCCGGUCUCAAAACCAACGACAUCCUAGUAGCUGUCAACGGCGAGCAAGUGGAUGGUCUGGAUCAUGAAAGCGUAGUGGGAAAAAUUAAGCAGUCCAAGGCAAAAGCCACGCUGCUGGUAGUGGAUAAGGAGACUGACACUAUGUAUAAACUGGCUCAGAUUUCCCCCUGCUCCUACUACUCCAAAGUACAAGAUCCAACUCCAGCUACAAUGGAGGCAAGAGUGGAGUUGCACCCGGAGCACAAAGUGAACCACAAGCCAAGAAUCUGCAAGAUGGUGAAAGGGCCUAGUGGAUUCGGCUUCAGCUUAAACAUGAUCAAGAACAAGCCUGGCCUGUUCAUCAAUGAGGUACAAAAGCACGGGCCAGCUGACACCGCCGGUGUGGAAAAUAACGACUUUCUCCUGGAAGUGAAUGGGGUGAACAUGAUGAAUGAAGCCUAUGACAAAGUGGUGGCAAGAAUCCAAGAGAGCGGUGACAGACUGACACUACUGGUGUGCAGCAAAGAUGCUUACAAAUACUUCCAGGGCCAGAAUAUUCCCAUCACAGCCUCCAUGGCAGAUCCAGUUCGUGACCCUUCUGAACCUCCAGCUUAUAGAGAAAACCAUUUGUCAGACCCGGAGAGAAACUCACCUGAACCAAGGCAAAGGGUGAGUAACACUGCAUUAAGCAAAUGUUGAGGGAUCAUCUAGGGGGUAGAAACCUUUCUUCUAACUACUAUGUACUCCUGAGCUAGGAUUUUUAAGUUGAGCCUGGAUUUUUACAAGUCAGUCUGUGUUACCGAAAGGGAAGCUGCGGUCUGA